UUUUAUCACCAUGCUCUUUGUUUUUGGCGCAUUGUAUGAUAUUUGACAAAUAAACUCACAAUGAUUUUCCCAUUAAUCCUUAUUGUAAAGGGCAGCAGUUCAUUCACUAUGUUGAUCUGCGAUGGAAUGGACAUCGAUUUGUAAAUGUAUUCGCCAUUGGCGAACUCUGGAGGGACUAUUAUUCUAGGGUUGAAAUUUUCUGUGCACAAUGUGGCGCGAAAGGAGAAGGAAAUGUUGGUUAAAAGUAUUGAAGGAUGUGAGGAAAGAGGAGAAGUUUGGAAAGAAGUUAGGGUUUUUUGGGAGCUUAUUUGGGCCUUUAUGAGUUGGAGCGAUUCGUGUUGCUGUAUCUCACUUCGCAAAUGGUCGUCCAACUUAAGCUUACCAAAUCAUUGGACUCAAAACAGGUUCCACGUUACUCUACUACAGUUCUGCAAAUUUCACCAGAUCCGACCGAGAAGUAGAUGCCAAUACGAUCUGACUCUAACAGCUAGCUUAAGGUUUAGGCUACUCUCGAGCCGGAGAGCUAUGAUGAAACUGUAUAAGAUGAUAAAAGAUUCAAAAGUAAAAGAGGACCAAAUAAAACAAGAAGAGGGAGGAACAAUUGAUUAUACCCAGCAUCAAAUGAGCAAAAGGCUGUGUUCGUCCCUUCCAAAUCAAAGAAUUGCAAGAUUAUCUCAGUCCGAUCAUUUCGUUGGAAAAGACAGACAUAGCAAGGUCAGUACCAUAAAAGGAUUACGAGAUCGGCGUGUUCGAUUAUCGAUUCCCACUGCAAUACAAGUAUACGAUCUGCAAGACAAGCUCGGUCUUAAUCAACCAAGCAAAGUUGUUGACUGGUUGAUCAAUGCGGCUCAAAAUGAAAUCGAUAAGCUCCUUCCCGAACCACUUUUACCUUCAGGAAACAGCUUCAUCCAAUUUCCUCAAACUGAUUUAAACAGCAACAGCAUCAGAGCUCAAGCAUUCAGUGCUAAUGCUGACCCUUUCAUGCUUAUAAGCAACAAUUAUGUUGAUGACAUAACAUCAUUUCCGAAACCAACAUUGAAUUCAUUCCAUUCAUAUUAUCAAAUGGAUCCAUAUGCAUCUCAUGUUGGUAAUAACCAUUCUUCCCAAGAAGUAUUUUCGAAUGAUUUCCACUUGGCUUCAGCAUCAUCAUCGUUGUCGUCCUCCCUCACGUCGAUGCCGGCAGAAACUCAAAUUGUGAUGCCAUCAUCGUUCUCGUCCUACUUGACUGGCACGAAUAGCAUCCAAACUCCAAGCACAUUCGCUGAGCUUCUCCCAUGGAAUUCUUCGAGCAUCAACUUUAAGCAGUAUGUUCAACAAGAUGAAGCAGCUCGGCAGCUCGUCAACUCAACAGUUUAUAAGGAUUCUGGUGCAGGUUAUGGGAGCAGUGCUGCUGAUUUCUUUUAGAGGAGAGGAAGAAAAAAAUAUAUAUUUUAUUUAAUGUUUGACUGGUCAAUAUUGUAAUGUUUUAUAUUGUUUGCUAUUGUUUAUUUGUAGUGUGCAAUUUCUUUAGUUAAUCUUGUUUGAUUAA